AUGCUCUUCGGAUCUUAUCUUCUGGGCUUCGCCCUGGCAGCUGUGGCUGCCGCCUCUCCCGUCUCCAAGCCUGAGCUGGAUAAGCGCCAAGUCCCCGUUGGAACUAUCAUCUAUGGCUGCACUGUCCCCAACACCAUCGCCCUGACUUUUGACGACGGUCCCUUCGCCUACACUGAUCAAGUUAUCAGUGCUCUGGGUGCCGCUGGUAUGCGGGCCACCUUCUUCCUCAACGGACAGAAUUGGGCUUCCAUCUGGGAUUACCAGAGCACUGUCCAGCGCAUGAUUAACGAGGGCCACCAAGUCGGCUCACACACCUGGUCCCACCCUAACCUCGCAACUCUUGGCCCUGGGGAUGUCACCUACCAGAUGAACGAGCUGGACAACGCCCUCUACAGCAUCAUCGGAAAGGCGCCCACAUACAUGCGCCCACCAUACUUCAGCGUCAGCGCCGAGAAUCUCCAGACUCUUGGAGGCCUUGGCUUCAAGGUCAUCCACUCUGACGUUGACACCCUUGACUGGGCUAACACCGGCAGCCCGCAAGUCGCCAUUGACAACUUCAACAACGGUGUCAACAACGGCGGCAGACUUGUCCUUGCCCACGAUGUGCACGCCUCAACGGCGAAUACUGUCGUUCCGGCCAUGAUCUCCUCUAUCCAGUCCCGAGGACUCCAAGCCGUUACUGUGGGCGAGUGCCUCGGCGACUCCCCAGCUAACUGGUACAAAUAA